UUUUCCGUGGCAAAUAAAACAAACUGCCUACAUCGAAGCUUUGUUCAAAAACUCAUGGUUAUAUCAAGUCAACUUCAGUAUCACCCACGCAAAGUUUGCAGAAGAGUAUUAAUCAUAAGCCCAAGCCAUCAUUUAGAAGCCCAAUAUUACGCCAUAGCCAUGUGUUUAAAGUUUUUUUCCAAGUGAUUUGAUAUAUAUGCGAGUGUUGUCUUUCACCUCCUGUAACUUGUCUAUAUGAGCAUCAAUCUCUCAUUUGUUCAAGCUUGCUUUCAUAGUAAACCACAAGAAAAAUUGGUAAAAUCUGCUAUUUUCUUCUCUAUUUUGCCUUUUCACAGCAGCACAGUCCAAGCCGUCGAAGCCUUGUAAUAAUAUUGGGCAUGCUAUUAAGAAGAACCAACAAGGCAACUGUUAGAGAAGAAUUUAACAUUCUCCGCAAGGCCCAUCAAACAAUGGGCAUUUGGCCCGUUUACAUCGACAAUCCGGUCAAGACCGGUUUAGCUGACGGAUCGAUCGGCCAGAACAUUUGAUCGAUCGGUUCGACCCAUUAAUCGAUUGAGUCGUUUAUUCGACGUCAGCCUGACGAGCCUUCGCUUUACUCGAAAGCCCAUUUCGCUUAGACUUGGGCCAGGCUUCUAGGGCGAACUAACUUUAGGGCGAACGAAGAGAAGACCAACCGAGUCUAUAAAAGGAUAACAUAAAGAACAUAGAAAAUGAUUCGCAAACAGACACUAAGACACUGACGGCAAGAUCUAGGGUUUACAACCGAUCGCUCUGCUUAGUGUUUCUGUCGGAGUCUUUCAACAAAGCUCCGACCUUUUCCUUCUUUCCCUAAUCUCUUUGUAAUCUCGUUCGUUUAUCUUAUAUUGGGAAUAAAACGUCUUUGUAAGAUCCACAAAACCGAGUUCAUUUCAUUAUCAUUCGACCUGCCAAACUCGUAUUCAACAGCAACAACCCUUCCUUUGAUAUGCAAAUAUUUAAAAUGACAGCUUUUGUGUUGUGAUAAUUCGGUUUCACUACAAGAAAAUACGCCGAAUUCCGACGGAGAUUCCGACGGACGCCAAAGGCGUCGGACUUUUUGGACGGAUUUCCGACCGAUUUCCGAAGAAAACAAAAAAUUUAAAGUCGUCGGAAUUCCGUCGGCUAAUUCCGACGAAUUUCCGAGAAAACAAGGGUCGUCGGAAUAUUUCAACGACAUUCCGAUAAAAAAUAUAACCAUUGUAGUCGUCGAAAAGUCGUCAGAAAAUUCCGACGAAUUUCCGACGACAUUCCGAUUAAAAGAUAUAACCGUUACGGUCGUCGGUAUUCCGUCGGAAUUUUCCGACGAAUUUCCGACAAACCAAGUGACCAUUGCCGACAAAUAUAUAUGACCGUUUUAUAGCCAUUUGAGAUUGGAAAAUACCGACGGAAUUCCGACAGAAUGCUUUAUAUUUGUCGUAAUUCCGUCGGAAAGUCGUCGGAUGUCCGUAAGCAAUUUCCUAUAAAUGCAGCCCCUCCUCAUUCAACUCAUUCACACCUCAUUCUCUCUUCUUUCUCUUUAGUCAUAACAAUUCCGUGAAAAUCAUGUCUUCAGGAGCUUAUUAUUGUUCGUGGAUGGAUAAACCUCAUUUGGAUCCCAACACCAAUUUGCUUACGGAAGAAUACGUUCAAGGGAUUGGAGAAUUCAUGAGGCUUGUUCAACAGCAACCGGAUGCAAAAAGUGGUAUGUUAAGAUGUCCCUGCUCUACUUGCAAUAAUAAUAAGGUUAUAAAAGAAUUUGAUGUUUGGACUCAUUUGUAUAUGAAAGGGUUUUCACGUAAUUAUAAAGUUUGGUACCUUCAUGGGGAAACUGGUUAUGAAUAUGGUAAUACUAGCGAACCUCAGCCUGUUAGUGAACUUCAGCCUGAUAUUAGGUUAGAAGAACCUAGAACGGAUAUAUAUUAUAGUGUAGGUACUGAGCAGAUGGUACAUGAUCAUUAUAUAGGGGAAGAACCAAAUCCCGAAUCUAGGAGAUUUUUUGACAUGUUGGAUGCAGGAAAACAGCCUUUGUAUCAAAAUUGUAGAGAUGGUCAUUCAGUCUUAUCAUCUGCAACUAGAUUAAUGGGUAUUAAGACAGACUAUAAUUUGGCUGAAGAAUGUAUGGAUGCGAUUACUGAUUUUGUCAAAGGUAUUCUACCUGAGGAUAACCUUGCACCGGGUUCAUACUACGAGGUUCAGAAACUUGUAGCCGGUCUUCAACAACCGUACGAUGUGAUAGAUGUAUGUAUUGACAACUGCAUGAUCUACUGGAGAGCGGAUGAGACACGAAAUGUAUGCAAAUUUUGUGGGAAACCUCGUUAUCAGGAGACGAGGGGAAGAGUUCCGAUCCCGUUCAAAAGAAUGUGGUAUUUGCCUUUGACGGAAAGAUUGAAGAGGUUGUAUCAGUGUGAGCGCACAUCAAAAGCAAUGAGAUGGCAUGCAGAGCAUUCCACAAAUGGUGAGAUUAGACAUCCUUCAGAUGCGAAGGCUUGGAAAUAUUUCCAGUCAACAUAUCCAGAAUUUGCGGAAGAGAGAAGAAAUGUUUAUCUUGGAUUAUCUACUGAUAGUUUCAGCCCGUUUGGAAAGCAUGGAAGACAGUAUUCUCUAUGGCCAGUUAUCGUGACCCCGUACAACUUACCGCCGGGCUUGUGCAUGCGACGAGAGUUUUUGUUUCUCUCAAUUCUCGUCUCCGGUCCAGAUCAUCCUAAAAGAUCACUAGAUGUUUUUCCUCAACCACUGAUAUAUGAGUUGCAACAACUAUGGGCGCAUGGUUUUGAGACAUACGAUGUUUCGUGCAAAGAAGACUUUCAGAUGCGGGCAGUACUUAUGUGGACAAUAAGUGACUUUCCAGCAUAUGGUAUGUUAUCUGGAUGGACAACACAUGGGAGGCUAUCAUGUCCAUAUUGUCAAGAUGACACAGAUGCUUUCCAACUAAAGAACGGAAGGAAAACGUGUUGGUUUGACUGUCACAGACGAUUUCUACCACCUGAUCAUCCAUACCGCAGGAGUAAGACUUCGUUUACGAAGAACAAGCAGGUGUUUGAUGGUCCACCUGAGGAAGUUAGUGGGGAAGAUUUGUUGAAGCAGUUUAGGGAUUUUGAGGCAGAAAGGACGCCAGAUGUAGGUGGACAUGAAAACACUCGAGUCAGUGCGGUUGGAGAGCUACAUAACUGGCACAAAAAGAGUAUUUUCUGGGAUCUGCCAUAUUGGGAGAGUCAUCUAUUGCGACAUAAUUUAGAUGUCAUGCAUAUUGAGAAGAACUUCUUCGACAAUCUGAUGAACACAGUCCUUAACAUCCAAGGUAAAACGAAGGAUAAUUUGAAGUCAAGGUUGGAUUUAAUCGAUAUCUGUGAUCGUUCUGAACUUCACGUUGAUGAGAACGGUACGGCCCCUUUUCUCAUUUAUCGGCUGGAUGGUGCUAGAAAAAAGAGUUCUUUGAUUGGAUUACAGAUAAAGUGAAAUUUCCUGACGGAUAUGCAUCAAAUUUGGGGAACUGCGUUGAUAGAAGCGAAGGAAAGUUUAGUGGCUUGAAGAGUCAUGAUUGUCAUGUAAUUAUGCAGCGCCUCCUUCCAUUUGCUUUUUCAGCAUUAUUGCCACGUAAUGUUCAUGAAGCAAUUGCAGGUAUCUUAUGUUUUUACAAUUUAAUUUAUUUUUAUAUUUAACAAUUAUGCUUAUUUAAACUUAAUACUUAUGAAAAUUAUGUCUUUUAUCUAUGUAGGGAUAAGUGUUUUCUUCCGCGACUUAUGCAGCAGAGUAGUGACUGAAGAGGGUAUUAAUAAUUUAAAGACAAACGCACCAGUCAGCAUGUGCAACCUUGAGAAGAUAUUUCCUCCAUCAUUCUUUGAUGUAAUGGAACAUCUUGCUAUUCAUCUCGCAAGAGAAUUGGAACUUGGUGGUCCUGUGCAGUACAGAUGGAUGUAUAUUUUUGAGCGUUAUAUGCAUCAUCUGAAUAAGAUGGUCAAAAAUCAAAGCAGGGUGGAAGGAUCUAUAGUGGCACAGGUGAUCAAUGAAGAAACUGCAAUCUUUGCUGAAAAUUAUUUUCCACCAGAAGUGCAUACAAAACACCGAAGACCUGCUCGGCAUGAUGACAGAGGGGAGAGAGCAACAUAUCAUGUUACUGUCCCAAGCAUGUUCAAGGAAAUAGGACGACUUAGUGGAAAAUUCACGAAGCACAGACUUACAGACACUGAACACGCUCAUUUGCAAACAUAUUUGCUCACCAACUGUGAAGAUGUUCUACAAUAUGAGAGUGUAUAUAUGGCGGAGUUGCGUAUGACUCACAGGCAUGCAACAGAAGAUGAGCUUCAACAACUUAGAGAUAACGGAUUUGCUGUGUGGCUUCGUAGUUAUGUGAGUCAUAUAUUAUAUUACACUAUGCAAAUGAGUAGUUUAAAUUUAAUAUAAACUAAUCAACUUUUCACUCAUAUAUGUUUUUAAUUUGUAGGUGAAUGAUGGUUUGGCCAGAAGUUUUGUGUUCGAUGAUUGGAUACACGAAUUUGUGCAGGGACCAAACUAUGUGGUCAAAUCAUAUCCAAAAUUUUGUACGCGAGGAUAUGCAUUCACAAGGAAAGGUCAUUCUAAGACAACAUAUGAUGCUGGUGUUUCAUCUUCUUCCGGUGACGAUGUCUACUACGGCAACAUAAAAGAAAUAUUGGAAAUCCAAUUUCCUGGAAUGGUUGGAUUGCGUUGUGUAGUAUUCUAUUGUGAUUGGUAUGACACCACCCCAGAUAGAGGAGUGAAGAUUGAUGCGUUUGGUGUUACAUCAGUUCAUUCGCGGUAGAGCUGUAAACUGGGCGAGCCCAUGUCCAUUAGCCCAUAUCCAUUUGUCCAUUCAUUGUUUGUGGACAGCAAAGUGACCAUGUCCAUUAAGAACCAUGUCCAUUAAAGACCAUACCCACUAACACCCAUAUUUUUAUGGGCUGCCAUGGGGUCCAUAAUGACCAUAUAAGAAAAUUUUAAAUUUUAAUUUAUAAGCAUACAAUUAUAUAUAAAAGUUCAUAAAAUUAAAAUUCAUCCAUAAA